AUGUCAAGCCACGCCUCAAACAAACUUGACGGCAAAGUAGCCAUCAUCACCGGUGGCGCAAGUGGCAUCGGCGAGGAGACGGCGCGUCAGUUGGCAAAUCAUGGUGCAUAUGUCGUGAUUGCGGACGUCCAAGACGAAAAAGGCCACAACCUCACAUCGUCGAUUGGAUCCCACCGGUGCACCUACAUCCAUUGCGAUGUCACAGAUGAGCAACAGGUGAAGUCCUUGGUGGAAUCAACUCUUCAAUCAAAUGGUCACCUAGACAUCAUGUUCAGCAAUGCAGGCAUAAUGAAUAACAUCAAACAAGACAUUCUGGAGUUUGACAUACCUGCUUUCGAGAGACUGUUUGCCGUCAAUGUUCGGGGAAUGGCUGCCUGUGUCAAGCACGGGGCUCGCGCCAUGGUGGCAGGGGGCAUAAAGGGAAGCAUAAUUUGCACAGCGAGCGUCGCGGCCAGCACUGGAACCGAGAAAUGGGUAGACUAUGUGAUGUCUAAGAAUGCCGUGCUGGGUCUAGUGAGGUCGGCGAGCAAGCAACUUGGAGCAUAUGGUAUACGCGUGAACUGUGUCUCCCCCGGAGCGGUCCCAACACCAUUACUGCGUAGAGUGCUCGGUGUGAGUGAGGAGGAAGGCGAGAGGAGGUUCGAGUCAAGUUCAAACUUGAGAGGAGUGCUGAAAGCGAAGCAUGUGGCUGAUGCCGUGGUGUUCCUUGCUUCUGAAGAGGCCGAAUUCAUCAACGGCCACAAUCUGGCGGUCGAUGGUGGAUGGGCCGGAAUUAGAUAGGCUAUCCUGAGGAGACUAGAAAUAAAAGUCGCAAACUCUUAACUCACCUGGGCUUGGUUAGCCGCUGUAGCAAUAUAAAUCCGGAGAAAUAACGAAAUCAAGCUGAUGCUAUCUUGUUUGUGAAAGGAAUACUUUGCCUUGA